AUGCCAACCGUUCAACCAUUGCAAGUUGCAAAUUUGCAAGUCUCUGAGCCCACGAUAGGCCACAAUGGAUACAUGGGCUUUAAACCCCGAACAGAGGUGUUACCUAAAGGAUGGAACGGCUUCAAUUCCAGAGUUCUUUCGGAAGAUAUAAUUGUCCAUCACGAUUUUGGCAUCAAAGUUCGAGAUGGUUGUACCUUGUACUGCGAUAUCUUCCGGCCAGCCAAUUCAUCAGAGAAGGUUCCGGCAAUCGUCUGCUGGAGCCCUUUUGGAAAGAAACACAACGGUAUCGGCAUGAUGAAAAGACUUCCAUGGAAUUGUGGUAUCGCUCCCGGUGACUUGAGCGGUCUUGAAAGAUUCGAGGGACCUGAUCCCGCCGAAUAUUGUCCUCGCGGGUUUGCCAUUGUCAAUGUCGAUGCACGUGGAGCAGGCGACUCGGAUGGAAGCAUCGUCAUCAUGGGUACUCAAGAGGGCGAGGAUGGACACGAUGUGAUAGAGGGCCUUGCAGUUCAAGACUGGUGUAACGGCAAUAUUGGUCUGGCUGGCAAUUCUCAUCUUGGCAUUGUCCAAUGGUUCAUUGCUGCCACUCGUCCACCUUCACUGAAAGCUAUUGCCCCAUGGGAAGCUUGCGGGGACCUCUAUCGCGAACAAUUUGUCCGCGGCGGGGCCUGGGAUAAUGGCUUGUUCGACCUCAUUACGCGCCAAGUCAUACGGGGCCGCCAUGGUCUUGAAGACUUCCGCGAAAUGUAUCGACGAUGCCAAACCAUGAAUCCAUAUUGGGAGGAUAAGCGAGCCAACAUCAAGAACAUCAACAUUCCUACAUAUGUUGUGGCCUCUUACUCGACCUUCGUCCAUACCAUGGGGUCAGUGCGAGGUUGGCUCGAUGUCCAGACUAGUGAGAAGUGGCUCCGUUGGGAUCCAUAUCAGGAAUGGUAUGAUCUCUGGUGUGUGGACGAGUCUAAGGAAGAACUGGCCAGGUUUUUCGGAUACUAUCUCAAAGAUCAGAAAGAUAAUGGGUGGGAUAAGACCCCUAAGGUUCGCAUGAGCAGCCUUCGCUUCGGUAACCAGGAACCCAUCUACCCGAUUGAAGAAGAAGAUUUUCCUAUCCCCAGAACCCAGUACAAGGAGUUCUUUUUUUCCAAGGAUAAUAUUCUUCAAUCGGAAGCGCCCGGAACAGAAAGCUUUGUUACAUACGACAGCGAGAUUGGCGACCCGAUAGACUGCGUUCGCUUUCGACAUACCUUCAGCUGCAAGACUCGUCUGAUGGGCCUGCCCAAAGCAGUAGUUUAUAUGUCCUGUGAUGAUCUCGACGAUAUGAUUGUCUACGUUUUGAUUCGCAAGCUGGAUCGCCAAGGAAAGGAGCUACUAAACCUGAACAUUCCUUGGAAAGCCGCGCCAUACGAUAAGAUGGACGACAUCCCAGUCAAAGAGCUGAGCAACCUGCUUCUGUACUUUGGCCCUCUAGGUGUACUGAGAGCCAGUCAUCGUGAAGUGGAUUCAACUCGAUCUAUUCACCCUCAGUAUCCAUUCCACACGCAUUCCAAUGUCCAGAAGAUUCCUCCUGGCCAGGUUGUCGAACUUGAGAUCGGACUUUGGGCCAUGGGAAUUGACUUUGAAGAAGGCGAAAGUCUUUCUGUUCAGAUCUCUGGACAGUAUCCUCUCAUAGCAGAAUACAAGGAGGCAAAGGCAGCACCGAUCGAAGAGCGAAACAAAGGAACUCAUAAAGUUCAUAUUGGAGGCGCUUACCCUAGUCGAAUUAUUUUGCCAUUUGUUUAG